GUUCUAGUUAGCCAUUUGUUUCGCACAUGGUGGACCACCCAAUCAGUUGAGUUGCUUGAUUUUGAGCGAGAUGAGCAGCUCUGAGGAUGCGCGAGCAUGCUAUGGUGGGACGACGGGCGCGCCAAGAUGUUCCGGUCACAUACACGCGCAGGGAAUUAGCAAUCCGCCAAUCCCUCGAUAUUGAAAUCUUCUCGCUUGAGUACUACCUAGCUGAGCGCCGCACGUCAAAGAAAAAAGAUGGAGACGUGGGAAGCCCUUGAUGUCGAUGAUUCAGAUCUCCCCUCCCUCCUACGUCAUUCCUCCACCCUUGUUGCUUGCAAACGCGGCACACCAAACAACCAUCGUCAAGAUCAACAACCCAAAAGAAGCGUUUCAAGCUCGAGCAUUUCCCUCUCUUGUCUCCAACCCUGCUUCAAAUCCCCUCACAACCCUUGCCAAACUCAACCAGAGAAUCCUACCACCGCCGAACAACGUCCGUCCCCUGACGUCGACCGUGCCUACCAUCUUAUUCCCGGGCCCGCAGGUUCCAUUCAAGCAGCCAUGCGCCGACGGACCACUGGCAUCGAAAAUUGCUGCCCCAUGCCUGACUACGAAGAAGAAGAUGGAGAUUUCAAGCGGAAUCCCUGGCUUUGCGCCUUGGAUUUCAUAGUGCAGUUGCUGCAUUUCUCUUCUUUAUCUUUUAUUAUUUGUCUAAAAACUGCAAGGUUAGGAUUGUCCACUGCACCAUGGGAUCCACUUGUACAAACUACAACCCAAGUUCAAUUCUUUUCAGGAUUGGAUUCAAAGUCGCCUUUGCCACACUCGAUCAAGACGAGUAAAAGCAUGGACAGGGUCCCUCAGGUUGUGGGAAUUAUCAAAUCCUGCACACCCAAUGGGCGUGGUGAUCUGAUUGUGACUCUGAAGGAUCCUACAGGUACAAUGGAUGCCAGCAUUCACCGCAAAGUCCUUGCAGAGAGCAAAUUUGCAAGUGACAUAUCAAUCGGCUCUGUUAUCAUUCUCCAGCAGGUUGUUGCAUUCUCUCCUACUCAUUCGGCCCACUAUCUCAAUAUUACUUUAAACAAUGUGGUCAAGAUUUUCAGUAAAGACAGUGGACCUCCUAAACAAUGCUUCCCUGUGUUUACGGUCAGAUGUGGACCUGAGGAAUCUCUGGGGACUGGGUCAGGGAUGGCUGCAGUGCACAUAGUCAUGGAGGGAGCUGAUGGGAUUGGUAAUGUGAAAGUAGGAAGAGAAGCUAGUGAUGUUGAAGUGAAGGUGAAUGAAAGAUGCUUUGGCUGCAGCAGUGGCAAGGAUGCUGUGGUUGAGGAGCCUAACCAUGAAACCAGCGGAAGGAGUGUAGUGAAAAAGCCGAUGUUAGGAGCAUCACUUCCAGAUUGGACAGAUGAACAGCUAAGUGAGCUCUUUGCCGAUUGUGAAGACUAACAUUCAUCUGCCACUCCGGUAUGAAUUUGUCUUCGUUGAUUUCUUGUCUGUUUCUGGAGCAUUUGGCAAGUGAUUGUUACCAAUUCAUGACCAUGCAGUCAACGUUUCCGAAAUUGAAGAAUAUCGAUGCUGAACCCAAAAAAGAAAAAAGAAAAAAAGAAAGAAGAAAAAUUAAGUUUUUUUUUUUUUUUUUUCUGAGAAGAAAAUCUAAAGUAAAAAUACAUUUAGAAAGGUUGGUGUGGCCCUAGUUAGUGCGACCCAUUUGCAUAAAUUCCAUAGGUGGCGCGGCUUAGGGGUUUGGAUCAUUGAUAGGGGGUGGUUGCGCCAACCCAUAUUUUAACCAAUUUCAUGGAAAUUGGCCUGUCCGAGUCAACUCCCCUGCCACAUGGAUUGAGCUGAGUUGGCAUUUUGCCACAUCAUCAUGUCAGAAAAAUAGUGUGGUACAACUGUCAGUUGGCACAAUUUCAAUCAAUCAGGAAGCGACAUGUCAUCAUUUCAGGUCAUUGGGAUGCCUAUAAAUACCCUUUCAAGCCUUUCAUUUGUACUUUUCCACUUUUGAAAUUCCAGUUUUUGCGCUAGGGCUUGUUUGGAUUUGUGGUAAGCAUGGGAAAGGGAGCAUUAUUUCGAAACCUCAUUUCCAUGAAAUUGUGGGGAAGGAAAAUUUGUUUUUAAAUGGCACUUUUUGCUAGAAAAUUUGAGGCUUGUUUUUAA